AUGAGAAAGAUAUCUUAUGGUUUCACAUAAUUGAUGAAAUUGCAUUUACAUGACUAUCAUGUCAAUCUCAAAGCAAAAAUGGUUCCAUUUGCUGGAUAUGAAAUGCCUGUUCAAUAUCCAUAGGGUGUUUUGAAGGAGCAUUUAUAUUGCAGAGAAUCAUGUGGAUUAUUUGAUGUAUCACACAUGGGGUAAGUCAAAGUAUUUGGAGAGGAUAGAGUGAAAUUCGUUGAAACCCUAACAACUGGAGAAUUCUAAACAAAGAAAUCGGGACAGAGUGUUUUGUGUUUGAUUUUGAAUGAGAAGGCAGGCAUCAUAGAUGACACAAUAGUUGCUAAAAGAGAUGAUCACAUUCACAUCGUUGUUAAUGCUGGAAAUAAGUUUAUUGAUAUGAAACAAAUGGAUAAAAUCAUUAAGGAUUACAACUAUAAAGUCUAAUAUGAGUAUCUCAAGGAUAAGCCUUUGAUUGCAGUGCAAGGACCAAAUGCUCACAAAGCAUUGAAUGAAAUACCAUUUAUGUUUAUGGUGAAUAUCAAAAAGAAUGGAAUAGACUAUCAAAUCAAUAGAUGUGGAUACACAGGUGAAGAUGGCUAUGAAAUAUCUGUUGAGAGUUCUAAAGCAUAAGAAUUAUGUGACAAGUUAUUGGCAACCAAAAUGGCUUAAUUCUGUGGUUUGGGAGCCAGAGAUUCAUUACGUCUAGAGGCUGGUUUAUGUUUACAUGGCCAUGAGAUGGAUGACACAAUUUCCCCUUACGAAGCAAAAUUAAUGUGGACUGUACGAAAGCCAAAUAAAGAAACUGGAAAAUACAAUGAAUCUGCUGCUUUUAUUGGUCGAGAUGCCCUGCCACAAAGACAAAAAGAUGCAAAAUUCAAAAGAAUGGGUUUCAUUACUUAAUCAGGAAUUGCCAGACCCCCUUGUGAUAUUGAAUUCCAAGGACAGAAGAUUGGUUCCGUUACAAGUGGCACAUAUUCACCUAAUUUGAAAAAAGGAUUGGGCUUUGCUUUCAUUAAUAAUGAAUAUGCUAAAGAUGGAACUUAAUUAUAAGCAGAUAUAAGAGGAUCCAAAGUAAACAUCACUUUGAGUCCAACUCCAUUUGUACCAUAGAGAUAUUAUAAACCAGAGAAAAAGUGA